AUGAGGAUCCUUGUGAAGACGUGCAGCGGCAAGACGAUCGAGAUGUUCGUCGAGAAUCCCAAGAUGAGCGUCAUGGGCUUUAAGCGCCUCAUUGCCGAGAAGGAAUGCAUCCCGCCUCAGCACCAGCGGCUGAUAUUCGUCGCAGAAGAGCUCGAUAAUGGAAAGACUCUCGAGGAGGUGGUGAGCGACAAGCUGCAGAAGGAAAAGGAGGAGAUCAAGGACGCCGAACUCGGAGCCGGCGAGGUGGAGCUCACCUUCCAUCUGAUUGCCUCCCCACCUCAAGCCCCCUCUUCCUCCAGCAGCUCUUCUUCUUCCUCCUCCUCUACAUCGACAUCUCCCCCCUCCCUGAUCAACAUCACCAACAACACCGAGAUCACCGGCAAGCGGAAACGAACGGCGGACGAGGCGACAUCAUCUCCCGUGAAGGCAAGCCCCUCACGCAAGCUCUCGAAGAAAUGCGCCUUCGCCGGCUGCAGCAAGCGUUCGGUCGUCAUCAUCGGCGACUGCAAGUUCUGCCUCGAGAAGUUCUGCUCUUCCCAUCGGCUCGUCGAGGACCACCUGUGCUCCGCCACCGCCUCCUGCAAGCAGGCCUCCUUCGACAAGAACGCCUCCAAGCUCCUCCGCGAGAAGUGCGUGGCUCAGAAGUUGCGGCAGUACUAG